AUGAGUGACAGCUUAGAAAAGUUUUCAACAGUUGAUCUGUUGAAUGAAUUGAAAAGAAGGUAUUCAUGUUUAAGUAAACCUGAUGGUAGGUACAUAUUUUUGGGAGCUCCUGGUUCAGGAAAGGGAACCCAAUCACUAAAUCUGAAGAAGUCACACUGCUACUGCCAUUUGUCUACAGGAGAUUUACUAAGAGAAGCAGCAGAGAAGAAGAAUGACUUAGGAAACAAAAUUCGAAACAUAAUCAAUGAAGGAAAAUUGGUAGAUGAUGACGUAGUGUUAACACUAGUAGAUGAUAAAUUAAAAUCACCACAAUGUAAAAAGGGAUUUAUUCUGGACGGUUAUCCAAGAAAUGUAAAACAAGCAGAAGAUUUAAACAAAUUGUUACAAACAAAUCAAAUGAAAUUGAAUGGAGUUUUUUAUUUUAACGUUCCAGAUGACGUGCUAGUCAAAAGAAUAAGUGGCAGAUUAAUUCACAAACCUUCAGGAAGGAUUUAUCACAAAACAUUUAACCCUCCUAAAACGCCUUUUAAGGACGAUAUAACUAAUGAACCCUUAAUACAGAGAGAAGACGAUAAUGAAGAAGUUUUGAAAAAGAGGCUUAAUGUUUUUAAAAGUGAAACGACACCCUUAAUAAAUUAUUAUAAAAACAAAAAUUUAUUAAUUAAUUUAGACGCUACACAACCGGCAAAUGAUCUCGAAAAAAAGAUAUCGCAGCAUAUAGGUAGUUAA